AUGGAGGAACAAUUUACUAAUCAGAAGAAAGUAUCACAUCUACAGUCAUUAAUGAACACUAAAAGGAGUGAACAGCCCACCGAAUUUGCCAAAAAACAUAGGUUUAAAGAUACGCUUGCAUUGUUCCUGGUUUUUUUGAGUUUUAACCACUUCACUUCCCUAUGUUUAUUGGUUUCCUUUAUUGUUGCUACCAAAUGCAAAGAUUUUCUGGCAAAUUGUUUUAUUAUACUUUUCCUAUCGAAAAAACCUUCCCGCCAUAUCGGUGAAGUGGCGCACAUAGAUAUAAGUACUUCCAAAGUGACCAAUGGUAGUUCAAACCGAAAAUCUAAUUCACGAUUUUUUGGCAAUUCAAAAAAUAGCUUCGUCAUUCCGAUCCCCGUAUUAAUUUGUGAAAUUUUAUUUGCAAUGUUACUAAAGAUUUACGGUGGCGAUUAUUUUGUUAAGCCAAUAAAAAAUCUGGCAAUUUCUAUUAUUGCCUCAUUUUUGAUCAAUGAUCCAAGCGAUUGCUUAAGCUAUGCAACUUCAUGCUCAGUAUUGUAUGCUGUGUCAACUAACACUUUUCAAAGAGUGUCACACUUCUUUGACAUUAUACAGUUAUUUGAUAUGUCUUUACGAGGAACCGGCCAAUCAAUUAAAUUAUUCACGGUUUUUCGCAAGUAUUCACAGUUUUUCAAAAAGCUUUUCUCUCUAUUUUUGCCAAUGCCUUUCAAGAUGCUUGGCAAACAUUCAGACAGUAUGAUUUAUUAUCUAUCCUUUCACAUCCUUUUUUUCUCAUUUGCUUCAAGUUUAUUACACCCUCAUAGACAAACAGCGGAAAACAAGCCAUUGAAAAAGGGUUUCAAUUCAACUAAACCAGAUGUAGCCCGUGUUCAAGGUCUGCAAAAGAUGAGAAUUUCUUCUUCUUCUUCCGUUUCUGCCGAUUCGAACACUUUAGAGGACCAAAGUCCUAUGAUACCGAACGAUCCAGGUGGACUUAGCAGCAGCAAUCAAACUAUCCAUCCAUCCCAACAAAAUAACUCGCCAGUUCCCCUAUCAUCACACAGUAAUAUUUUGAACCCUGCCGCCUCUUAUCCUACUGAUGCUACUUCUAGUUUUCCCUAUUUCACUUCUAUGGUCAAGGAAUAUAAGUCAUAUCAGCCAUCGGUAAUCUCUGCUGAAGGAAGCAAUUCUCAAGCCGUUACUACUACUACCAGUACAACAACCUCUCCUACAACGUUCAACUUUUCUGGUGAUAACACUAGUUUGUCAAAUGAAAUCUCUCUAUCUGAUUCCUCGAAUGGAAAUUCGAAAAAGGAUUCUGAUUUCUUUUCCCCUUCCAAUGACAAGUAUACUAACCAACUGUUUGAACUGAAUGUUGAUUUUGGGAACAUGUUUUCUUCUAGCAAAUUAUCUUCAGACAUAUCUGUUACAUCAAACUUGGAAAAUUUUAUCCGUCUUCUAUUCAGAAGAAAGAAUCAACACUUGAUUGCACCUCUUUGGUCUAUGGUAGUUACAUUAAAAACAACGAAUUUUGAAAAAAAAUACUUACAAGAAACCUCUGAAAAUUCACUAACACCAACAAAUUCGAAUACUUCAUACGUCAGUAAUCAGGAAAAACAUGACAAAGAUUUGGACACGAUUAAUACACAUUCAGUUUCAUCAAGAAUUAGUUUCACCCAUGCCGGAAAGUUUAAGAAGAGCGUGUUUAACAAUUUCGAACCUUCAAAUACUAUGGCCCUGAUUGCAAAGACAACAUCUGAUGACUACAAUCUUUUAAAUUUAGUUUCCACCAAUGAAAAUAUUUUCAAUAGAAAUGAUAAUGACUACAAAGUUUGCAUUAUUGAUAUUAGCACAAACUCUAUUACAUUCCAUAUUGAAAAUUUACAUGAUGGCGAACUCAUUGUUUUAGUAAACGGUGUUAUCUGGUCAGAAGUUUCUUGCGCUUUAAUUUUAGAGCAUGUAGGCGAAGAAUACGUUGUCGUUAACGGAUUAGUCCCUUCUUGUUCUUAUGAUAUUCAAUUCAUCAACAGACUAAAUCACCGAGAUGAUUAUUUGGUUUCUGAUUUAAUUGUAAGGACUUGUGGGAAUAACAAUGCGAUUGCCGGAAAAUUUGAAAACCUUGAUUUCAGCUUCCCUUCAUACUACCAUAGGAAAUUCUUAUCUCCGUUGCUAACUCUGAAGCAUUCCGUGCUAACUACAAACGCAAAUUUGUCCGAUGAAAGGACAAAAUUGAAAAAGACAAAAAAGGAAUUCAGCAAGAAGUUAAGUCUUUUGAGACAAGAAAUUGAUUAUUUUAAAGGCAGGAUUUCACAGAACGCAACACAUGACGAAAAGAGCACUUUAAAAGUCGAAAAUUUGAAGGUUGCCCUACAGCAAAGUGAGACUGCGGUAAAUAAGUUAGAGAUGCAAUUGAAAACUCUCACUGAAAAAGAGCUUGAAUUAGAAGAGGAAUACUUGAAAAAGAAAGAUCUACACUUGAAAAAUCAAUUAGAGUUCAGUAAGUUAGAAGAAAGCUUAUCGAAAGACCUGAAAAACUCAGAAGGGAGGUUCCAAAAGGUCAAUCAAGAAUUAGUUCAACUAGGCUCUAAACUGGACAAAUUGAACGCGAGAAACGAGAAGUUACAAAAGGAGGUCGAUCAGAACGCAGAAGAGAUAGAAAAGUUCAGUACUCAAUUUUUGAGUAAAAGAGAAAAGGAUAGAUUUAGAAGAAAGGAGUACAGGAUACGCGAAGCCAAUAAAUUUGAAUUGACUAUAAAGGGGUUAGAGCAAGAUAUCAACAGAUUAGAAAAUGAGAAUGAAAAUAUACAUAGUCUAAUUGGUAAUAGUUACUGA